AUGCUGUUGACCGCCACCGGAGGGGCUGUGGCUUUGGUCUCUGAACUAUGGCCCAAUCAAGUGUCUUGUCUUCACCGGCAUCAUGGAAAUCAUUGCCAUGUAAUUUUCCGUUGGACCGAUGAUCGCUUCAAAACGGAUGCUACAGACCGCGCCCAGGUUGCCGACCACUUAGGCGUUACUCUAAUUGUUGCUGAGAUGCUGCGCAAGCCACGGCAGAAGUACGUCUCCUGUUGGGCUGAAGACGACGCAGAGACAAAACAGGAGGCUGCUCGACAAGCCGGUUCGAAGCUCGACGCCAUUCCUCCUUUUGGAGAGUCUUCUUCUAUCGCUAGACGCCGGCGGCUGCAGAUUGGUACUGAUAUGACUGGCAUCGGGAUGCAAUACUGCCAUGCCAGGCUCUGCAGCCUUGAAGAGAGGUUCAUCAAAAUGGGUGAUGCAUCUCGUUUCCUCUCUUCCGACACGAUAUCUGCGCCCUCUCCUAGCCGCCCUUCCAUAGACUACAGCAGUCUUGCGCAAGUCGUGUGCCAAUUAAGCGAGAAUUCGUGGUCCAAUCUCACAUCGCGGACAGAACUUGUGGACCUUGAGACGACUCUGAAAGAGUAA